AUGAAUAUUUUAAAUGUCGGAUGCUGUUUCUUAAUUUUGUUUCUUUUAUUACUAGAAAAAGAAUUUUAUAACAAUAUUUUGGUGUUCUUCCCCAGUUACCAUCUGUAUGAGAAAAAUGAAAAAAGUGUAGGAUGCUUUAUUUUGAAUGAUGAAAAAAGCUAUUUUAAUAAUAAAAAAAAGAUAGACAUAUUAAGAAGACACAGAAAAUUAAAAGAAGAUACGCACACUCACAAAAUAAAUACAGAUAAAUGGAAUUAUAAUAAGAACACAUCAGAAGGGUAUUUAUUGGACGAAAACAAUGAUGAUUUAAAUCCUAAGGAGAAAAAAUAUAAAAAAGAAAAAGAAAAUUAUAGUUAUGAAAGGGAGGAAAAAAGGGACCAAGGAAAGGAUGAUAAUAUAGAUCAUAAUAACAAAAAAUGUCAUUAUAUAAAAAAAGAGGAAGCAUCAGAAGAAGAAAAAAAAAUAUAUGAUUUAAUGGAUGAAGAGUUGAAAAGAAAUGAAGAAGAAUCGAGAGAACAGAAAAGAGACAGGGAAAUACACGAAAAUGUAAAAAAAAGGAGAGAACAAAAGAAAGAGGAAGAGGAGAAAGAGGAGGAAAACAUAAACAAACUGAUAAAAGAAGAAACGGGGGAAAAAGCAGGAGGAGAAGAAGAAGUAGAAAGGAAAAAGGAAAACACAAAUGAGAAGGUAAAUGAAAACAAAAAUGAGCAGAUAAAUGAGAACAAUAAUAGCAUAUUAACAUGCUCUAACAAGCUAAACUAUUUAGAGUUAACACCGAGUAGAGGGCAAGACAACCAUUUGUUCAGCACAGAUAACCAUGAUUGCAAAUCAAAUAUUGUUAAUAAUAUACAAAUGAUUGAUGAGAAAAAUGAAAAAUUACACAAUUUGAAUGAUAAUCGUGAGGAAGUAAGAAGUGGGGUAGGAAAUAUAUCGCAUAUAGAGAGUGAAAAAAAAGAAAACAAAAAUAAUGAUAAAGGUUUACUUUUCAUAGAAGGAUAUACUCAACAUAAGGACCAAACUUUAAUUAUUGAAAAAAAUAAGGGAAACAAAAUGGCAUUUAUAUCACCAACUAAUGGGGACGAAAAAAGCCCUUCUGACGUAUCCCAAAACGGAAUUGAAAUGCAAAAAGAAGAGGAAGGGAGGAUUGGCACUACCCGUAACAGCGGAAAUAGAGGUAGUAGCACUGGAAGUAGCAACUAUAGCACAGUCAGUUUUUCCAACUUGCAAAUAUACGACAAGAUGCCUGAGAAUAUUAGUAACAGUUAUAAAAUAAGAAAUGUGCAUAGGCAUAUUCAUCGUCCCAUAUACCAUGCGGAAAUUAAUUCCAGUUUAAAAAAUAAUUACUCUUUCAUUUUUUUAUUUUUAAAUACAAAUGACAAAGUACGUAUGGUUCCAAUGAAUUUUCUUGUACAACAUUCGAUUGUAAAUUUAACGGAUGAACAAUAUGAUAAGUUGAAGGGUGAAAAAAGUGUAAGUAUAUAUGACAAUAACAACCCAGUUAAGUAUCAAUACGAAACAUUUGAAAUAAAAGAGGAUGAAGCGAAUGCAUUCAAAGACAAUUACAAUGAUGGUAAUAAUAAUAAUAAUGGGGGAAAAAAUAAUAAAGAAAAUGAAAGUGAUUCAAACAAAGAGUCAGAAGCAUCAACAGAAGAAAACAACAAAAAUGCAGAGUCAAAAUGGUCUUUUGAUGGUACACUUGUAACAUAUUCAAUUAUCAUAUUAUUAGUAGUCAUAUUACUUUCGUUAACUUUUAUAGUUUAUUAUUAUGAUCUUAUAAACAAAGUUAAAAGAUUACAGAAAAAAAGAAAGAAUAACAAAUCGCUCACUAUAGAAAAUGAUAAGUCCUCAGAUAUGUACAUGGACAGCUCCUACGGAGAAAGCACGCACGUUUGA